AUGUUCCGCGUCAAGCCCACCUCCGCUACCCUCCGUGGCCUGAAGGCCUCUACUCUUCGUCCAUUUGCCGCUGCUCCCGCCGUCAGCGGUCGUCGCGCUCAGUCGUCCAUCGCUCAAGAUGGCCAGCAGCAGUUGCUUGGUGCCAACCUCGCCAAGGCUGACUCUGCCAUUUUCGACAUCAUUGAGAAGGAGAAGAACCGCCAGAAGCACUUCAUUAACCUGAUUCCUUCUGAGAACUUUACAUCUCAGGCUGUUCUCGACGCCCUUGGUAGCGUCAUGCAGAACAAGUACUCUGAAGGCUACCCCGGUGCCAGAUACUAUGGCGGCAACGAAUUCAUCGACCAAGCCGAACUCCUCUGCCAGUCUCGUGCUCUUGAGGCUUUCGAGCUUGAUCCCAAGAACUGGGGCGUCAACGUUCAGCCUCUUUCUGGUGCUCCUGCCAACCUCUACGUUUACUCGGCACUCAUGGACACCCACGACCGUCUCAUGGGUCUCGAUCUUCCCCACGGGGGCCAUCUCUCCCACGGUUACCAAACCCCCACCAAGAAAAUCUCGGCUGUCUCUAAGUACUUCGAGACCGUUCCUUACCGCUUGGACGAGAAGACUGGCCAGAUUGACUACGACAAGAUGGAGGAGCUUGCCACCAUUUACCGCCCCAAGAUCAUCGUCGCCGGUGCCAGUGCUUACAGCCGUCUGAUUGACUACAAGCGCAUCCGCGAAAUCUGCGACAAGGUCAACGCCUACAUGCUUGCAGAUAUGGCUCACAUCUCUGGUCUCGUCGCCGCUAAGGUCCUCCCCGGUCCUUUCCCUUACGCCGACAUUGUUACCACUACCAGCCACAAGAGUCUGCGUGGUCCUCGUGGUGCCCUCAUUUUCUUCCGCAAGGGCGUCCGCCGAACCAACCCAAAGACCAAGGUUGACGAGAUGUACAACCUCGAGGGUCCCAUCAACAACUCCGUCUUCCCUGGUCACCAAGGUGGACCACACAACCACACUAUUACCGCUCUCGCUGUCGCCUUGAAGCAGGCUCAGACCCCUGAUUUCCGUGCUUACCAGGCUCAGGUUCUCUCGAACUCUAAGGCGUUUGCAAAGAGACUGGGAGAUGAUAAGAGUAAGGGCGGUCUCGGCUACAGCCUUGUCAGUGGCGGUACCGAUAACCACCUUGUCCUUGCCGAUCUGAAGCCCCAUGGCGUUGACGGCGGACGUGUUGAGCGUAUCCUCGAGCUCGUUGGCGUCGCAGCUAACAAGAACACUGUCCCUGGUGAUCGCUCGGCUCUCGUUCCUGGAGGUCUUCGCAUGGGCACCCCUGCUAUGACAACUCGUGGAUUCAACGAGAACGACUUUGUUCGUGUUGCUGAUGUUGUUGACAGAGCUGUUGCCAUUGCUGUCCGCCUCGACAAGACCGUCCGUGAGGCUGCCAAAGAGAAGGGCGAGAAGAGCCCUGGCAAGCUCAAGCUCUUCCUUGAGCACGUCGGCAAUGGUGACAGUGUUCCUGAGAUCGUUCAGCUGCGCAGCGAGGUAGCUGACUGGGUCGGCACUUACCCUCUGCCUUGGGAUGCUGGCAAAUAA